AUGAACACCACCCUGGUACAUGGCUGGGUUGCCUCGCCAAAUGAACGCGGCACAAUCGAUAUCAUCUGGAGCUGCGUCGUCACUGUCUUUUUGUGCAGUUGGUCUGUCGUUUUCCUGAAUAUACCCGAAAAGCACGACUUCCGAUCGUAUCUGUCGACGAAGCUGUCAUGGGUCGCCUUCACCAUCUUCUUUCCAGAGAUCCUUGCAUCGUUCGCCCAGGUCCAAUACCUCUCUGCCCGACACUCUGUGGCCGCGUUUCGUAAACUCGGGUAUCCCGAAUGGUCCAUGACGCACGCCUUCUUCGCCGACAUGGGUGGCUUUGUGCUUGAUGCCCCAGACUAUCCACGCUUUCCCAUCAACGCCCACCAGGUUCACUACCUUGUAAAGAAUGGCUUCCUCGACUUCCCCACGAUCAAACGCGAAACUCUCCAGGACAAGAACAAAGCAGACGCUUUCGUACGUAUCCUUACAUCCGUUCAGAUCUUCUGGUAUGCACUUCAAUGCAUCGGUCGUGCUAUUCAGCACUUGGCUGUCUCGAUGCUCGAGCUCGAUGUCGUAGCCAUCGUACUGUGUACCUUUCCGACAUUCUACUUCUGGUUCCAUAAGCCCCUCGACGUUGACACGACGGAGACAUUACAUCUCGUAGGAUCACUCCGACUAAGAGAUGUACUGGCUUUAGCAGGGGACGCAGCCAAGCAGCCUUCCAAUCUCACUCCACUCGACUUCAUCAAUCCGCCUCCAGAUCCUUACCAAAUCCUCGAUCCUAUAAUGUGGGGCUUCGAGCAUUUAAUUCCAGUUGGUAACCAUUCAAAAAAUGUCCCGAUAACUCGAUUUAAAGACACCUCGCGUGCAAAUCCGGGGAAGGUGACCCCAUCCGAGAUUGGGGUUUCUACGAUCAUAUCACUCACUUUCAUCUUAAUUCACUUUGUUGCGUGGGACUUCAACUAUCCAACGCAGUUAGAACGAGAUCUCUCGCGAGGCGCCUGCCUACUACUUAUCGGAUGUGGAUUCUCUUUCGGUAACCUUUGGAUCUUGAUGAACUGGCAACUCCCCAAUCUUUGUCGAUUGGCAGGUAUUGCGCAAGUCAAUACCGUUACAGAAUUCAUCGAUGAGAUACAUCCGUUCUUCCAGUACGCUCUCAACGUGACGCAUAUGGGGUCAUAUGGUAUCGCGCGGACUUUUAUCAUUGUAGAAGGUUUCGCUGGUCUUAGAGCCCUUCCUGCGAGUAGCUUCCGUAGUGUGGAAUGGUCGGACCUGUUGCCUCAUAUAUAG